AUGCACCGGUCCGAAGCGAGAUUACGGCUUGGCCUACUCAACGAGGAAGCUAAGAAUGUCAAGCCUUUAAAUGAUGUCAAAGCAGUGCAGAACGGCGCCAACUUUAUCGCCGAAUCAUUCCUCUUCACCGUCGCGAUUGGGCUGCUCGCUGGAGAGCAAUGGCGGUCUUCCCGGAAAGAGAAGAAUCGGCGGGACGAUGUCAAGGAACGUCUAGACGCGCUGGAGGAGGAGAAUAAGCAGUACAGGGAGGAGAGGGAAGGGGUGGGGACGUCAUAUCAGCAGGAGCUGGAAGCUCAGCGGGUGCAGUGA